AUGAAAGCUCCCACUUCUCUUGAAAUUGCAAAGGCUCUUUAUUUGAGCAAAUCGGUUGUGGAGGCAAACCUCAAAGACAAAGGAAAUUGUCAAGGGUUCCACUUGGAGUUCUUGGUUCAGACUGCUUAUGACGCCAUUGUGGCUAAGGAAUGGGACACAUAUAAAGCUAUCAUGGCCUUGAGUAUCUAUGGCAUAGCAAUGUUUCCGAAUGUGGUCAAUUUUGUUGACAUAAAUGUAAUCCAUAUCUUUAUUCUGAAGAAUCCAGUUCCUACGCUCCUAGGCGACGUUUACCACUCAAUACAUCACAGAAAUGGCCGAAAAGGGGGGUUGGUCCAGUGUUGCGCUCUGUUAUUGUACCGUUGGUUUAGAUCUCACCUUCCUGAGCGUGGUCCUUUUGUUGACAAUAGGCACACAUCGAGGUGGGCUGACAGAAUCAUGGGGCUGGUAGCCAAAGACAUUGUCUGGUAUAAUAGAUCGUUGGAUGACGCAGAGAUUAUUAUGGGCUGCGGAAAAUUCGGCAAUGUGCCUCUCAUGGGACUAAGAGGAGGAAUCAAUUAUAACCCCGUAUUGGCUAGAAGGACGUUUGGAUAUGCUUUCGUGAGUCCCCUUGAAAAGAAAGAAGUCGAUGAUCUCAUGUUCUACCAUCUGACCACCGAUUCAGGUAAGCUAGAGGAAAUGGUGCAAGCCUGGAAAACAGUUCGCCGAAAGGGUAAGAGGCACUUUGGCCAAAAAGAUUGGGCUACUUAUGAAGCCUAA